AUGAGGGCAUUUUUGAUCCUCAGCGCAGUCCUUGUGGCUGUCUGCAGUCAGAAGACGUUUCACGGGGACCAGGUGCUUCGAGUCACUGCCAAAAAUGAGGCGGAAGUUGCCAUCGUGAGGUCCCUCGGGGAAAAGAAACAUCUCCAUGUUGAUUUCUGGUCAGAACCUCGCAGAGCUUUGCUGCCCAUUGAUGUCCAUGUCUCCGGAGAACACAUCCAAGCAGCGAAAGCCUUUCUGGAGCUCAAUGGUCUUAGCUACUCAGUCCUGAUUGAAGAUCUCCAGGUCCUGUUGGAAGAAGAAAAGCGAGAAAUGAUAGCUUCCCGAACAGAGGAACGCAACACCAGAAUAUUCAGCUACGCCAUCUACCACACAGUGGAAGAGAUCUUUGCCUGGAUGGACACAUUCGUAGCUUCAAACGCAGGCCUGGUCAGCAAGAUGCAGAUUGGUACCAGUUAUGAGAAUCGCCCACUCUACGUGCUGAAGUUCAGCACUGGUGGAAAUAAUCGCCCGGCCAACUGGAUUAACUUUGGCAUCCACUCCCGUGAAUGGAUUGGUCCAGCCACCGGCCUCUGGUUUGCAAAUAAGCUCGCCUCUGAAUAUGGCAAGGAUCCCUCUGUGACUUCAUUGCUGGACAAAAUGGACAUCUACUUGGAGCUUGUUACAAACCCCGAUGGUUAUUACUUCACUCACAAUGAGAACCGAAUGUGGCGUAAAACCAGGGCCAAAUACAGUGGAAAUUUAUGUAUUGGCGUUGAUCCAAACAGAAACUUUGAUGCCAACUUUGCAGGGCCUGGUGCGAGCAGUAACUCUUGCUCAGAAACAUACCACGGACCUUCUGUCAAUUCUGAAAAGGAGGUCAAAGCCAUCGUUGACUUUGUGAAGGGCCAUGGCAAUUUCAAAGUCUUCAUCGACAUGCACAGCUAUUCCCAACUCUUACUGUUUCCCUAUGGUUACACAUCAACAAAGGCAAAGGAUCAUGAUGAACUGAAUGCACUCAGCAAGGUAUCAACCACUGCUUUGAGAUCACUGUACGGCACUCCAUAUGUUUAUGGACCCAUCCUCACCACGAUCUAUCAAAGCAGUGGUUCAUCCAUUGACUGGGCCUAUGACUCCGGCAUCAAAUACGCCUUCUGUUUUGAACUGCGGGACACUGGCAGAUACGGUUUCCUUCUCCCAGCCAAGCAGAUUAUCCCAACAGCAGAGGAAACCUAUUUGGGUUUGAUGAAGAUUUUGGAGCAUGCCAGAGACAACCCUUACUAA